CAACUCAAAUAUCUCCUUCUCCCCACAAACCAAAAAGAUGUUGAAACCACAGCUAAACCACCAGUUGUCGCAGUACUCCACCCAAACCCCCUUCCUGCAACUCAAGCCCUUUAUUCAUGGCAAUGGCAAUGCUUCUCUCCCCAUCUCAUGGCACUCAUUCCGAAAAAAGAUCAAAAGUGUUCGAGUCGGCUUCACCCCCAGCAACAUUAAAGUCGUAGCAUGCUCUACUGAGGAAUCUAGUACUUCUGUUAAAGCUAUUGUAACUGUGAAACUAACCGUUGGUGGCUUCCUCUCAAACCUUGGGUUAGCCGGAGCGAUCGAUGAUAUAAAAGACUUACUUGGUCAAAAACUCCAAUUGGAGCUUGUUAGCACCGAGCUUGAUCCUAGGACGGGAUUAGAGAAGAAGACAAUUAAAGGGUACGAACAAAAGACUGGCCAAGCUGAGCAGGAAGUGAAAUACGAGUUUAGUUUUGAAGUUCCAGCAGAUUUCGGGGAGGUUGGGGCCAUUUUAGUGGAGAAUGAGCGCCAGAAGGAGAUUUUCAUCAAGGAUAUUGUCCUCAGUGGCUUCCCUAAUGGCCCCGUAAAUAUCAACUGUAAUUCAUGGGUUCAUUCAAAGAAUGACAAUCCUCAGAAGAGGGUCUUCUUUGCAAACAAGUCAUACUUGCCAUCCCAGACACCAAACGGGCUGAGGAGGCUAAGAAAAGAAGAGCUCAAGAUUUUGAGAGGCAAUGGACAAGGAGAACGCAAGACUUUCGAGAGGGUUUAUGAUUAUGAUGUGUAUAACGAUCUAGGAAAUCCUGAUAGUAGUGCAGAUCUUAAGAGACCGGUACUCGGCGGCAAACAACACCCCUAUCCCAGACGUUGCCGAACAGGACGCCCGCGAACCGAAACAGAUCCAUUGUCGGAGAAAAGAAGCAGUAGCGUGUAUGUUCCUCGGGAUGAGAGCUUCUCGGAAGUAAAACAGCUAACGUUCUCAGUCAAGGCAGUAUCCUCGGUGCUGCAUGCAGUGGUACCGUCGUUAGAGGCGGCGAUCAUCGACACAGACCUCGGAUUUCCAUACUUCACGGCGAUAGAUUCGCUUUUCAACGAGGGGGUUAACUUGCCUCCCCUUAAAAACCAAAACACGCAGUCCCUCCGCAACGUGCUGCCCAGGCUGCUCAAGGCUAUCAAUGAUACACAAGAAAAUGUGUUGCGGUUUGAGACACCAGAAACAAUGGAUAGAGACAAAUUCUUUUGGUUUAGGGAUGCUGAAUUUGGUAGGCAGACUCUUGCUGGCCUCAACCCCUACAGCAUACAGUUAAUCACGGAAUGGCCAUUGAAGAGUAAGCUCGACCCAAAGAUUUAUGGUUCGCCAGAAUCAGCAAUCACUACAGAAAUGAUUCAAAAGGAAAUCGGAGGUUUAAUGACGGUCAAGGAGGCCAUACAUCAGAAGAAGCUAUUCAUUCUAGAUUACCAUGACCUAUUGUUACCAUAUGUGAGAAAAGUAAGAGAGAUUAAAGGGACAACUUUGUACGGAUCAAGGACGGUGUUCUUCCUAACCCCAGGGGGCACCUUAAGGCCACUAGCCAUUGAGUUGACUCGGCCACCAAUAGAUGGGAAGCCUCAGUGGAAAGAGGUUCACAUGCCUUGUUGGGAUGCUACAGGUAUCUGGCUAUGGAGGAUUGCAAAAGCUCAUGUUCUUGCCCAUGAGUCUGGUUAUCACCAACUUGUUAGCCAUUGGCUCAGAACUCAUUGUGCUACAGAACCUUAUAUAAUUGCGACAAAUAGGCAACUCAGUGCGGUGCACCCUAUCUAUAGACUAUUGUGCCCUCAUUUUCGGUACACUAUGGAGAUUAAUGCUCUUGCUCGAGAAGCACUUAUUAAUGCAGGAGGGAUCAUUGAGACCUCAUUUGCACCUAGCAAGUACUCCAUUGAGUUAAGCUCCGCUGCUUAUGACCAGCAGUGGCAAUUCAACCUGCAGGCAUUACCAGCUGACUUAAUUAACAGGGGAAUGGCAGUUGAAGAUCCAACUGCUCCACAUGGCCUAAAGCUCACAAUUGAGGAUUACCCAUUUGCCAAUGACGGCCUCCUCCUUUGGGACAAUAUCAAAGAGUGGGUGAGUGACUAUGUCAACCACUAUUACCCCAACCCGAGCCUCAUAGAGUCUGAUCAAGAGCUACAACAAUGGUGGACAGAAAUCCGAACAGUAGGCCACGCCGACAAAAAAGACGAACCUUGGUGGCCGGUUCUCAAGACCCCAAAAGACCUCAUCGAAAUCGUCUCAACAAUUGUAUGGGUGACAUCUGGACACCAUGCAGCCGUGAACUUUGGACAAUACACUUACGCUGGUUAUUUCCCUAACCGGCCUACCAUUGCUAGAACCAACAUGCCCACUGAAGACCCUUCUGAAGAAUUUUGGAAAAACUUCUUGAUAAAGCCUGAAGGUGCACUCUUACAAUGCUUCCCUUCACAAAUUCAAGCGACAAGAGUGAUGGCUGUUUUGGACAUCCUAUCAAAUCAUUCUCCGGACGAGGAGUAUCUGGGGGAUGUAAUAGAGCCUGCAUGGGCUGAAAAUCCGAUCAUUAAGGGGUCCUUUGAACGGUUUAACGGGAGGUUACUUGAGCUUGAAGGAACUAUUGAUGAGAGGAAUGCAAACAAGAAUUUGAAGAACAGAACCGGAGCUGGGGUUGAAUCAUGA